UUGGUUUAGGAGAAAUGAACACCCCGAUACGAUUCAAGACUUUAAACACGGAAAACUUUAGAGCUGCUUAAAGUAAACUAGUAAGAAUAACUGAAUAUACGAAAGAGAGACGAAAAAUUAAAAUGAGCGGCCUAGAAGAGCGAAAAGCUAAGCGGAGACGACACAAGGGGAGUUCUGUUGUCAAGACCUCAAAUCAGACAUGUCAAAGUUUUCCUGGGUCACUAGGUUUUGAUAUGUCAAACCCCGCACCAAAGGAGAUAUUAUCACCAAGUCUUGAUUCAGAGACUAUGCAGAAGUUAGAGAAACUAAUGGAUGCCAAAGAUGACAGUGAUCUUCCUCAGUUAUUGUCCCUGUCCAGGGGACCUAACCCCUACCUAGACAAAGAACGGUGUCUCUUGUGUGGGUGUGAGAGAAAUGACGCCCCCGAACCUCUCCCAUUUGGAGACAGUGGUGGUUCAAACAAGAGUUUGGAGAAUUCUUUGUCUCAGCUACCUUUAUGGGUGUGUCUUGAAUGUAGAAAGGCCACAGAGCAGGGCAUUGAUAGAAAAGUCGACAUCACUUCCUUUAUGGAUGCAGACUUACCCCCUGAGCCCUCCCCGCUACCUUUCCUGGACCCUGGGUUAGACUCGGAACCAACCACCCCGAACGGCACUGUGUGUAACUGUGAGGCCUGCACAGAGAGAAGACAAAUAGAAACAGAACAUGACCGCGAGACCCAGGAACUCCAGAACUGCUGGACAGAGCUGCGGAAACUCGUACGAAUGUUGUACGGGAGACGGGAGGGCGAUUUAUACGAGGAGGACACAAACGUUCCUAACAGUGAAUCUGCCCAGGAAUUAGUCCAUAGGCUAUGUGCGAGAGAUCCUCACCAACUCUUUCUACGGCUGGAGUCGCAGGUCCGAGAAUUUGUGAUAGAAAUGAAAGUGAAACUGCUGAAACAACUCAACUCGGGCUACAAGUCUCCACCCGAGUCCAAGUCCUUCAUACAGCUUCUCCUGGACGAGUAUGGACAUCUCUGUAAGGUGUCCGCCGAGAUGGGCAAAAUCCUAGACAAAUUAAAAACCGAUCACCUUUCCAAGUUCAAUGUGACGUGGGAGCUACAUAACAAGCACCUGUUUCAGUCUAUAGCCUAUACUGAGCCUUCCAUACAAAGCAGUCUUCAUCUUAUUAUCUCACAACUCAGACUUGGUGCAGCAUCCAAGGAGUCGUAUCACGAAGAUACAUAUCCCAACCUCCUACAUCAGUAUCUGAAGUUUGAUGAUGAAAUGUCUGUGAUAUCUGUAGUCUGGCGAGACAGCCAUCAGCUGAUAGAGCAGUAUAACGAGGAACAGGCAACAUUAAAAUUGAAACAGAAAAUGCUCAAAGAGGAUUGGGAGUUCUUCAAGGCACAGCGGAAGAUCUUAGAGGAGCAGGUGGCCAAAAGUGCGUCCUCGCCAGUAGCUCACAGUUUUGAGGCUCAGUUUACGGAGACAAUGAGGAUGAUGUUACAGGGAACUAAACCCGGUCCUGAGGAGUGCCAUUGUCCUCGAUGUAACAGGAAAAGGUGUCCUUGUGAUGAAUGUACAAUAACACACAUGAUUACAUGUGGAAUUAUAAACCCUGAGGCAUUGGAGGCCAGUAAUCCGGGGGGACACCCCACCUUUCUACACGACCCUAACCGCUAUCGUAUUGACGUCAGUCCCCCGUCUAUGUCCAGUACAACAUCCAGUAGUGGAUCCUCCAGCCCGCUCAUCCACGAGAGACUCAAUCUUCCAUUCAAUGAGUCAGCUCAAAAUAGAGAGAAUAUGGCAGACAUUGAGAACAAUCAGUCCAACGAUGGAGAAAACGCAGAUGGAAGACAAUUAGAGGAGGAGAAUCAGGGAAGUUUAGAUGUGUACGACGAGGAUGACGAUGAUGAUGAAGAAGACGACGAUGAAGAUGAAGAAGACGAUGACAAGGAGGCGGGUCAGAUGUCUGACAUGGACAUCUGUGAUGAGGAGGAGGAAGACGAUCUCGACGACGACGACGAUGAAUUAGAUAACUACGAUAUCGACUACGACGAAGAAGACGAAAGCCGAGGUGUGAGGGAGAAUUCCACAGAGAAAACCAAACAUGGCAUUAGGGAACUGAUCUCGCCUUCCAUGUAUCUAGGGGAUGAGGAUGAUGACGAAGCACUGGAAGAUCUCAUCAGCUCCGAGAAAUGUGAUUGUUUUCAUUGUAAAAAGCAGGCACAGAAUGAACAGAAGACAAAACAGGAGGAAAACUCUUGUAAAUGCUAUGCCUGUUUACGAGAACAAGGAAACACAGUGUCCACCUCCUUACCGCAGACCAUCGCCCCUGAGACGGCGCGACCGGCCGAGCUCCACCUGUACCCCCACAUCCACGGGUCCCCUAGCCUGCACCCACUGGCCAAUCACCAUGUUCCCCCUCCUCUCCUGCCCACCCAAUUGUACGAUCUCCACAUGCCAAUCCGCCAGCCCAAGUCUCUACUGCAGACAACAGGGAAAGUCCUUCCAAAGCUGGACUUUGAUUCUCCUGAAGGAAUCCAUGAACACAUGUACCAUGCGUACGGAGAGUGGGAUAACACGUACAAUGCUAGCAUUCCUUUCCAGAAGUACAGUGGUAUCAGUACGGAUCUCCUCCCUCCUCCUCCUCUAACCACUAAUUUUAACACUGCAAGCUUUCUGAACGAGCCUUUCUCAGUGGCGACACAAAUGGGAGUCGAGACUGUGUCCACGACAACCAUACCAACAAGUGCUUUCAAAACCUCCGUCAGUCACCAUGUGUCCCUAUCUACCCCUCAGUCCAUGGCAAAUAUCACUAAUGUAAACCAUGACCGCACCGCCGUAAUGGUGUCUCACAGUGAUCUGCCGGUCAACAGUAUGACCCCUCCCUGUACCAGGCCAGUCACCCUAGGAGGUAACAUCUCACAAAAGCAGACGUUGGGACCCACCCCCAGCGUCACCUCAGUCGCAGACCAAAAACAGCAUUCACAACACUGUAAAAGGCACAACUCAACUCUGCUGGGAAAAAACAACGCUAGCUGUCAGGCUCAUAACAAUAAUAACAAUGCUAGCACUGUCAAAGUGACACAAGAGCUGUUCUCAGCGGCUCGGAACAUCCGGGAGAAUGCGAAAGAGGGCAUGCAGAUGAUCCGCCAGUUUGCCAACAGUCUAAACGCCAACAAUAACAGUCAUUCUUGUAACCAUAACAAUAGGAAUCCCCCCAACCACGUACUCCAGACCAAUCCCGACCAUAACCACUGUCCCAACGGCGUGUCCAUGCCGACGACGGUCAAUAACGUCAGCGUGGGGACGUCGACAGUGUGUAUGGAACCAAACUGUAGCAACCACUGCGGGGAUGAGAACUGUGAUAGCGUGGAUGACAGCUGCUCUGAUCCAAACUCCCUGACGUCCUCGUCCAAUCAGAAGGAGGGAAAGUACUGUGAUUGCUGCUACUGUGAAUUCUUUGGUCAUGGAAAUCCUCCAGUUGCUCCAACCAGUAAGAAUUACGAAGAAAUGAGGAACAGACUGCGGCUGAGAUUAAAAAGGAAGCAACAAACAGAAAAGAUGCAAGAUCCUCACCACCAGAACUGUAUCAUGGCUAAUUCCAGUCACAACAACAAUAGUACCCCCGCUCCCCCUGUGAAGCCCGCCCCUCCCCCAGUGUAUCCCCCAGAAGACCCAGUGGAUGUCAAGGGCCUAGAUGAACUGCUCAACUACAUAAAUGGCACAGAGAACAAAGAUCAAGCACCCGAAAAAUCCUCCAAAGCUCAGAAAAGGGCAAGGCAGAAACAACGCAAGGCCGAGGAGAAGGCCAGGCUGGAGGCAGAGAUUAAAAUGAUAAGAAGACCGGAAUUGGUUUAA